AAUCCGCGAUACCAAGUAGUUGAACCAUAGAUCCAAAAAUAAUUUCCUUAUUAUUCACACUUUGGACCUUAUCCUUUUGGAUUGACAGGCGUCAAUGAAAGCUCAAUCGAUGCCAGUGUUAUGUUAUUAACAAAAAUGGAAGAACUAAAUUCAUCCAGUGAUGAAGCAAUAUUUUACGACGCCGUAAGCAAGGCAGAUUUUGAUCAAGCCAAUAACAGCAACAUCGAAACAUUGAAGAAUCCUGAUUUAGAAAUUGCCCAACUCGAGUUCUGGCUGCGACUACCAGAGUUUCUCGAUGACGAAUCAAAACGCAACAAAUUGCUUGAAUGCAUUACGAAGAACAAUAUGGCACCGUACUAUCAGCACGUAUGCAGCACAUUGAACUGGACGGUUAACACGACUCUUUUAAAUGAAAUGAGAGACGCCAAUUCUAAAGCCUUGCAGUCUUUUGAAGAUGAAAUCGAAUACGCCUGCAUCCAUUCGGGUGCCAUCGACAUCAAGCAGGCAUACUUGAAUAAAGCUAAUUAUUUAAGCAAAAUAGGCGAUAAGGAGAACACGAUACAGACACUCAGUCAGGCUUAUGCGAAUACGGUGGAUUUCGGCUCCAAAUUGGAUAACGUGUUUCACUGCAUCAGGAUCGGAUUGUUCUUCAGCGAUUUACCUCUGAUUAGAAGCAAUUUAUUGAGGUGUGAGGAUCUUAUUGAGGAAGGACCCGAUUGGCACCAUCGAAACUGCUUCCGAAUAUACCAAGGUUUACACGCUAUUGCUACCAGAGACUUUUCCACAUCCUGUGAACUGUUCACAAGUUCAAUCGAAACCUUCGUCUGCACGGAAGUGAUUUCAUUCGAUCAAUUUAUCAAAUACACCGUCCUUUCUGCCAUGAUCAUCCUCAAUAGGAGCGACUUGAAGAAGAAAAUCAUUUCCAAUCCCGACGUGCUGCAGGCGAUGCAUUGCAACAAUUCCUUGAAAGAAUUCGUGUUCACUUUCUACCACAGCGAAUAUAAGAAGUUUUAUCAAGCCUUGGCUGAAGUAGAAGCGGACAUGAAACGGGACAUGCUCCUAUAUCCGCAUUAUCGGUUUUACGUAAGGGAAAUGAAGAUCAAGGCCUGUGAUCAGUUGUUAUCAAGUUACAUAUCGUUGAAGAUCUCGUAUAUGGCCGAUCAGUUUGGGGUGAGUGAAGAUUAUGUGGAGGACGACAUCAGCCACUUUAUUGCCUCGAAGAGGCUGAAUUAUAAAAUUGAUAAAAUUAGCGGACAGAUCGUUAAUAUCCGAAGCCAUGGAAGGGCGGGGAUGUUUGAGAAUCUAAUUAAACAAGGUGAUUUGCUGAUAAAUCGGAUUGACAAAUUAAGUAGGAUUAUUGAUAUUUGAUCAUGUUCUACAGGGUGUUUCAGAAAGCUUGCAGCAACUUCCAAAUAAACACGAAAUAUUAAUUAGUCUA